AAUUGCCAAACAUAAUGCUACGUAGGCUCUCAAAAAAUAAUCGACCGGCUGGAUAUAGUUGAUAAUUGAUAAUUAACGAGCACCCAAACGACGGACAAUACACAAUUAGUUUUUCACAUAUUACCUAUGACCUCUUACUAUGCAAAUAAAAUGAUUCUUUUAUCGGUUAGCUUAUAAUUAUAAAGUCACUCAGACCGUUGCAAAAAUCUAUCAAUUUUUAAUUAUCAAGCCUAUUAAUCGAGUGGUUGAUUUAUUUACGAAGUUGUAUAAUUUUUUUAAUGUAAACUCUACUAAAGAAUAACUUCUCAGAACUGGUAUUAAUAUCCACAUAUUGUUAUCAUCGCGUACAAUACUCGAUUGUGUUAUAAUUGAAAGAUGACCUUAAACACGAGGCCAAACGAAUAGCUUAAUUAACGCGUUAUUCUAAUUAGGUUGACCAAUGAUUGAACGACCAUGAUUUUGCAGUUAGACGCGCGGAUAUCGCGCUAAUUUAGAAACGAAACACACCGUGCCUAAUUCCAUGCUAGUUAAGGAGGCAGAUGAUCGAAUAAAAAUGAGUACAUAAUAUGCACACAAUGAAAGUGUAUCUUAGCGGCGCGGCACACAAAGUGCUGCGCAGCAUGUCAAAUAGCUGCGCUAAAUAAGGCUGCCAGAUAACAACAACUGUACUCGCCGGUGGAAUAAUAAUUGUGUUACGAUACCUGGCGUAAAUGUACUAUGGCAUUUUGUAGUGGUAAAGAAAAAAAAUGCAUCUGUGUGUCUCAAGAUCAUCAUACAGGGACUGAAGAUAUUCAUCGAUGGACUUUGCCGUGUCUUUGCGACGACCAGGAAGAGCCUGAAAAGCCUGAAUGGCAGGAACUCUCCACGGAGGAUUCUUCAAUGUCUGGGCUCGUCGGAUCUUUACGUGGCUUGGAGGAUAAUUGUGGGAACACAGGGCAACCGUAUCGCAGGCACAGCCUCGCUUUAUCUCUCCACUCGAAUUUGGCCGCUUUUCCGCUUCCUAACAAUCAAGAAGCUUCGCCUUUUCACGUCGUCGAUUCAGCGCGAAGAAGAUUCAGUAAUGUCAGCGACGUUGUUUCCAGAAAGAUUUCUCAUACGAUUCGAUGGCGAACGGUUUCGGCUUCGAUCGAGCUCACAGUAUCACAGGGAUCGUCGUUAUGUGCUCAAUACAUCCGAAAUCGUUUAAAACGAUCUGGAAUCUUUCAUCGAAAGUUGGGUUUGAAAAGAAUGAGAAGCGCCAUGUUGCUUCCUGGAGGUGCAGUCGUUGGUGAAGUUUAUCCAGAGUUAGUAUCGGUUGGAGCUGAACUGGAAAAGAUGCAUCCAAAUUUGUUCAAUCGUGUUGCACGACAAAUCGGUUGUGGUAGUUUCUCAUCGGAACAGUCUGCCAGCGAGGCCAUUGCCGAUAUCUCCAGGGAAAUGAUCAGGAAUGGAGAAAUGACUUGGAGCAAAGUGAUAGCCCUUUACGCGGUUGCUGGUGGUAUUGCCGUAGAUUGCGUACGUCAGGGUAAACCUGAGUAUUUACCUGCUAUACAGAGAGGUAUGACGGAUGUAUUAGAAGAAGACCUUGCAGCAUGGAUACAAGCCAACGGUGGAUGGUCCGCUUUAGCAACACGAUACAGACCUGUUACGAAAGAAACAACGUGGUAUUCGCGGAAACUUAUAUUUUUAUUUUUAUUCACCGUCUUGCUCAUUUUUAUGAUCUCUAUAUUUUUAAAAUUUGUAGUUUUAUAAUACAUAUAAUUAUGUAAUAUAAUUACAUAAAAAGUGACUUAUA